UCCAAUUUAGUAUGUAUUUGAUGGGCGUGAUUUUGAAUAUACCGCUUGUUCUGCGUCAUUAAGCACCGCCCCACUGUAACUUUUUAUCAUGGGCAAAUUUCUAGGAUAAAAAUUGAAAAAUGGUAGUAAAGGUUUUUAAAUAUAUUAAUUUCAACAAAUACUUAUGAUAUCAUCGUGGAAAUGUAAACACAUAUCACGGGAUUUUUACAGUUUUUAUUUAGUAUCUCUCCCCAUUAAUAACCUAAAAUGCUAAAGGAAAAAGGACAACUAAAAUUCGAAGAUAAAUGGCCUCAUAUGCAGCUCAUCGUACUGAAACUACUGAAACAAGAACCAGUUUCACCUGGUGAGUGGCAAGAAUUGUUUUAUGAUGUACACCUUGUUUGUUUAUGGGAUGAAAAAGGACCGGUGAAACUGCGCGACAGUUUACAUGAAGACAUAGUAAAGUUUAUAAAACAGGCCCAAGCCCGGGUCCUGGCCCAAAGACAAGAAGAGGCUCUUCUCAAGGCUUACAUUGCAGAAUGGAGAAAGUUCUUUACACAGUGCAAUUAUUUACCAACGCCAUUCAAGCAGCUGGAGACCUCCCUACAAGGUAAAUCUAGUUCAGGGAGCUCCAAUGUGCAGAAUAACAGUGGUAAAAAAGGCCCUGUUGAUGAAAGUAUUGUUAGGAAAUUAAUGUUGGACUCUUGGAAUGAGAGCAUCUUCAGUGAUAUUAAGCAUAGAUUGCAGGACAGUGCCAUGGAAUUGGUGCAUGCUGAAAGAAAAGGAGAAGCGUUUGAUGCUCAACUAGUUAUUGGAGUGAGGGAAUCUUAUGUGAAUUUGUGUUCAAACACUGAAGACAGACUGCAAAUCUACAGGGAAAAUUUUGAGGCUGCAUACAUUGAAAGUACUGAUAUGUUUUAUAGGCUUAAAGCACCUGAACAUCUUGCUACUAAUGGUGUUCAAGCAUAUAUGAGGUAUGCUGAUAGUAAAAUAAGGGAGGAGGAAGCUAGAGCUCAAAGGUAUCUUGAAGCAGGCAGCAAUGGUGUGAUACAGUGUUGUGUGAAAGUUCUGGUGGAAAAUGCUUUACCUGUUCUCUAUGCAGAAAUAGCACCACUUAUUAAAGCUGGUGAAACUGAGCGCUUGCAGUUAAUGUUUAGAUUAUUAGAGAGAGUGCCAGAUGGAGUGCAUCCUAUGCUAAAAGCUCUGGAGGACCAUAUUACUCAAGCAGGAUUGGCUGAUAUGGUGGCUGCAGCUGAUAUUAUCACCCAGGACUCUGAAAAAUAUGUGGAAAGACUAUUGGAAUUGUUCAAUAAAUUCAGUAAGUUAGUACACGACGCGUUUUCGGACGAUCCACGUUUUCUGACUGCCAGGGAUAAAGCUUUUAAAGCAGUUGUUAAUGACACAACUGUCUUCAGGUUGGAGCUCAACACUGGAAGGAAUGUAGGAGCAAAGACAGUGGCACCUGAGAGCAAGUGUCCUGAGUUAUUAGCUAAUUAUUGUGACAUGUUAUUGAGAAGGACACCUUUGUCUAAAAGGCUUACCAGUGAGGAGAUUGAAGUGCGGUUGAGGGAUGUGCUGUUAGUGCUUAAGUAUGUUUGCAACAAGGAUGUUUUCAUGAGGUACCAUAAGGCUCACUUGACCAGAAGGCUGAUAUUGGAUGCUAGUGCUGAUAGUGAAAAAGAGGAGGAUAUGGUGGAAUGGCUGCGCGAGGUGGGCAUGCCUGCGGACUAUGUGAACAAACUAGCACGCAUGUUCCAAGACAUUAAAGUUAGCGAAGACUUGAACGGUCAAUUCAGGACGUCCACCGCACGCCACGACGCCAUAAACAUUAAAAUACUCAAUGCAGGCGCUUGGGCUCGUGGAUCCGAACGCGUUACUGUCAGUCUGCCCGUGGAACUCGAAGACUACAUACCGGAAGUUGAAGAGUUCUACAAAAAGAAGCACUCUGGACGCAAGUUACAAUGGUAUCAUCAUAUGAGUAAUGGCACUAUAACAUUUGUUACCAACGGUGGCAAGUUCGAUUUCGACGUGACCACGUUCCAAAUGGCGGUGCUGUUCGCGUGGAAUCAGCGUCCCCAUGACAAGAUCACGUAUGAAAACCUGCGACUAGCCACGGAACUGCCUGACGGUGAGUUGAGACGUACCCUGUGGUCGUUGGUCGCGUUCCCGAAGCUUAAACGGCAGCUGUUACUAUUCUCUCCAAACGUGGGAGCGCCUAAGGAUUUCACGGAGCACACGGUGUUCUGGGUGAACCAAGAUUUUGCGUUGAUCAAGAACGGAAAACCACAGAAAAGGGGAAAGGUGAAUUUUAUUGGACGUCUUCAAUUAAGUACGGAAAGAUCUCAAAUGGAGGAUAAUCAAUCAAUAGUACAACUUCGAAUACUUAGAACUCAAGAAGCGAUAAUAAAGAUCUUGAAGAUGCGAAAAAAGAUUUCCAAUGCUGCUCUUCAGUCGGAGCUUGUCGAUAUUUUGAAGAAUAUGUUUUUACCAUCAAAGAAAAUGAUAAAAGAGCAAUUAGAAUGGCUUAUUGAACAUAAGUAUAUGAGAAGAGAUGAUGAUGACAUUAAUACUUUUAUUUAUAUGGCAUAAAAAUUGUUGAAAUUAUUAAUAAAAAUAUUGUUAUAUA